AUGUUGCAGAAAGUCAAUUAUGAGAUCUUUAAUGAGACUAAAGAGGAUUGGGAGACAAUGCAUGUAGAGAAUGAGGGGAAUGAUCUUAAUAAAACCAUACAAAAACAGGUUGACUUCAAUGUGAAGGAAUUGACAUUAAUUGGAAGGGACAUCAUGUCGAUUAGGGAAGGAGAGAUUCAAGAGAACUUUGAUAAAGUAGAAAUUCUUCAAUUGAUUAAGGAUGAAUAUGCAAACAUCCCAAUUCAAAUCCUUCAGGAAUUUAACAAUCUUGAAAAACUCAUAUUGAAAGUGAGUUCAUACGAAGAGAUAUUCUUAUUUGGAGAGGAUAAGGAACACACUGGAGCAUUCACAAAAUUAAAAGAUUUAGAAUUGCAUGGACUUUUUAAUUUAAAGUGCAUUUGGAAACAAGACUUUCGAUUGAACUCAAUUCUUCAAAAUCUUGAUCGUCUAGUGGUGCAAUAUUGUCCAAGUUUGACUGUCCUAUUGCCAUCUUUAGCAUCUUUUGAAAAUAUAACGAGUUUGAGGGUAAGGUAUUGCAAUGGAAUGCAAAACUUAAUGUCAUCUUCAACAGCCAAAAGUCUGGUGCGACUAGAAGAGUUGACUAUAGUUGGAUGUGAAAUGAUGACAAAAGUAUUAGCAAAUGAGGGAGAUAUAGAGAAAGCUGAAAUUGUUUUUAAGAAAUUGAGGAAUUUGCAUUUUCAUAAUUUAGAAAGUCUCACAUGCUUCUGCUCUGGGAAUUACACCUUAGAAUUCCCAUUCUUGGAAAAUUUAUUUGUGAGUGCAUGCUUGAAGAUGAAGACUUUCUCUGGAGGAGGCUUAAGCAUGCCAAGGUUAAAAUAUUUGAACUUCAAAGGUUGUUCAAAGAGUGACAUUGAUACAAUCAUAAAACAAUUACAAAAUGAUUGUUCAGAGUUCAUCAACGCACAUGAAAGCAUGUGGUAAAUGUGUGGUAGUAG